CAUAUUUAAUUUGAUGAUCCUUAACUUUGUUGUCCAGUAUGCGACAUCAGCAGCACAGCAUAACUUCAGAGCAUUACGUAAACUUCAUGAAUGUAACACAAUGACGUCAUCUACAGCAUUAGCUAUUCCUUAACUGCACAAACCAUCUAACAAGAUUGUUUUCAGUUGACUAUGAAUUAUUGCAAUAGGAUUAUUCAUGCCAUUGUUCUGACCCCACAACGCCCCAAAUAUCGGCUUCAAAGAUUUCCGAUCAAUAGAGUAUGACCAGAGCAUCAGCACUAAAAAUUUUGGUUGAGCUAUUAGUCCAUAAUGUUUUUCGGAAAGCGUUUUAUAAAUUUAAAAGUGCUAUGGCUUCGUAGUGAACGUAAGACAGAAAACUGCCUCAAGGACGUUACAAAAAUGGUGGUGGUAGUGUGAAGAUAUGGAAAAUGGUAUCGCAUAAAAGUAAGACUAAUAUGGUUCGUAUUCAAAGGACUUUGACAGAAAAAGGUACUCUUACGAUUUUCUACCUGCACAUGCCUAAUCAAUUUUACCGCAUUCUAGAGUCAAAGUUUAAUUUGACAAUACAUAGUAACAUACGGAUUGUUUGACACUCCCAUUCUUGCAAAGCAACAACAACCUGUUUCUGCCAUAGUCAUCUAAAAGGCCAGAUUUAACCCCAAUUGAGCAGCAAUGGACGGACUGGAUAGGCAUGAUUUAUCAAAGAUAAUCGCAUCCUCAGACUCUGCUACAGCUGUCCAAAGUUUUACAUUUGGAGAGGGAGAGCAUUCCCAUGCAGUUUUUAUUACACACACUUGCUUCCAUAAGAUGCUGUUUUUGGCUAUCAUUUGUGUCUGUGGGGGGCAUACCAGAUAUUGAUCUUUAAUUAGCUUAAACUGUCUAGGAUUUUAAAACCCUUUUUUAAUUAUGACAUUCAGACAGUAUUUCUAUUGUAAACCACAUUUCUGUAUUAUCAAUACAUCAUUUUACUAAAUAACCUCUAUGUUCAAUGUGUCACUAAAAUUCUGAAGAGUAUAAUAUGUAUAAGCAACAGGGAAUGCAAUGUAAAGGCUGCAUAGGGACUCUUUAGUUUUCUGUGGAAGCUUUUUUUCUGGAACAUAUGUGGCAGUUAGCCAAUAUAAAUUACAAAAAACAUUUUUUUGUUUCUUAAGACUCCGGUGGAUUGUGAAAACAAAUAAAGUAACGUUCACUUAAAACCCGGGAACAAGACUGAAAGAUUAAUAAAACUUCCGAAGUUUAGGAUUUCAGCUGAACAGCAGCAUAAUAUACCGGUAUUGCCAUACAGUUCAAGAAUAUUCUGGGAGCACCCGAUCUGUGGAUACGUCCCCAUGAUCAGAGACAAACGGAAGUGGAUUUUCAGAGAGAUAAAAAAUCACUAUCAUCUUUUCAAAAACGAUAUUCAUGGAUAUAUUACGUAGAUUUGUGUCAAAUCUGCAGCCGAGAAAACCUUUACAACGCACAAACUCCCUGGAACAUUUUCACGAGGAGAAAAUAGUUCAUCCUAAGAAAAAUUUUAAUCGACCGCAUUCAUUAGACGAGAGUUCCAUUCACGGUACAAACUUCAGAAAAGAUAAAAACAAUUUCAGUCAGCAGGGAAGUGACUGGAAAAGGGGGAUUUUAGAAGAUGUUGCAAAACUAAUUCGACAAGGAAUUCGAGAAAAAGAUAGAAUAAAAAUAGAAAAAUCUUUGUUAGAUGCGACUGCAGAGGAAAUGAGAUGUAUUUGUAAGAAAUUCUGCACAGGGAAUCCUGAGAAAUGUUUGGCUAGCAGUGUCAUUAUAGAUAAAUUGAAAAGUACAAUUUUAAAAAGUAUCGAAAAUAAAAGUGAUAUUAUGCAUAUAUGGGUAGGUCGACAAAACCAAACAUCCCGAGGAAUUGAUACAGUAGUACUCGUGACAAGAACUUCAAAAUCAUUCAACCUAGGCGAUGAAAUAUGGGGACUUAAAAUAAUUGUGCGAUUAUUUGACACCUGUAGCGAUGAAGCAUCAUCAGUGUUGAUUCAUGAUAUAAAUGAUUCUAUCGGCUCUUUAAGUAUCAAACUUUCAGAUUUUGAAUUAAGUUCCCUUUUUAGCAAACAUAGCAAUAUAACAUUGAUAAAUACAUCUAAUGUAUGUUCCAUUGGUUACAACAGUAACGCAAGAAUAGAAAUGAUUCCUUCGAUAGUUAUCCAUUGCCACAUCAAAGGAGUGAUACCAACUGGAGAGGAUGCUUUUCCAAGGAGAAUCGGUGGUCAUCGAGUAGACGUCCGUGAAGCUGUGUGUCAUUUCGCGGUAAAUCCGGCUCGAAUAAGUGAAAGGAUUGGAACCGAAGGAACUGAAAGGACUGGGACUCUUGGUGGUUUUGUAACAUUGCAAAAUCCAGAGAGACAGGCCUUCCUUACGUGUGCACAUGUCGUUUUACCAGUUGAUGUGCUGAAGAAUGGUGAAACCUGUGUGUAUGCACGGAGGCGAGAGAUUAAUGUUGUGGAUAGAAACGGGAUGCAGUUUGGAAAAGUUCAUAAAGCUGAAUUCAAACAUGGACAAGCAAGCGAAGUUAGCAUAGAUGCUGCUUUAGUUGAAAUUACUGAUAAGUAUCGAUAUCCGUGUGAUGGAAACUUUGCACCAGUGUUCAGUUCCGAACAAAUAAUGGAGACAGGGUUUUCUGAAAACAAUAUGCCACAGUUUGAAAAUGGGGAAAUGGAACAAAUCAAGAAAUUUAAUUUUCGAAAACCAGUGUUAAAGAUUGGAGCCAAAAGUGGAUUAACAAUUGGUUCUCUGAAAAUUGGGAGGAGUAGUGCAAGAAUACAUGAUUACGAAGUAGAAGUAGGGAACAAUUUUUCUACAACGCUUUACAAGCAAAUGGAAGUUAUUCCUCAAUACGAUCUUUCUCAAACGUCUGAUUCAAGAGAACCGUUUUUAGAUUACGGAGAUUCUGGGUCGUUUGUUUAUUUUAUAUCGCAAGAAAACCCCGUAGUCCUCAAAUGUAUAGGAUUAGCCGUCGCGAAAACGUCCCAUGGAACUUGCUUGAUGACACCCAUAGACAAAGUAUUUGAAGCACUUGAUCUUCCAUUUAAUUGUUUGUCAAAAUUCGUUAAGAAAGAGACUCAAGGAGAAAGGGUUUCCGAUUUGUCAGCUAAACUCGAUUACAUUUUAAAGAAAAUGGCAACAAAAGACGACAUCCAAAAGAUUGAAGGGGAAAUAAGCACCUUGAAGGAGAAGUUCUCUGCUACAGAGUCUAACGUGAAGAUACUUUUAAAGAGAAAUGUGGAGGAAGCAACUCCUAAGGAAAAGUGAAUGUUGCUUUAGUUUUUGAAUAUAAUUUUGUUAACAUAAAUUAUACAGUUCCAUAUAAUGCAUUAUAAUUGCGUGCAUUUUUGAAACUGAUGAUCUUUUGCCACCAUAUGUGUAACUCUUUUAGGUGUGAUACAAAUGUCAUGUACCUAACAUAAAACAUUUCGUUUAAAUUUACCAUGCACAUUUACAAAUGCCCCUGCUAACUUUUGAAAUGAAGUUUUUGAAAA